AUGUUAGCAUAGAGCUAACAAUUAUAGUCUGAUCAAAAACCAAAGCUGACAUCAUCGAUAGGUAAUACAACCUUUACUCGUAUAUUUACAUUACUUUCCAUAUUAUAAAUUCUUUCCCUAAAACCUCCACGACAUCCUCAAUCUGACCAAAUAGAUCAAAGCAGAAUACAAAAAUAAAUGGGCUAAAAAAGAUAUAAGAAUGAAGAACAAGAGGCAAAGCAAAAUGGCAAGGUUUCUUUGCCCUCUUUACCAGGAAUAAAGAAAUAAGAGAUUCCUAAUUUUGAGCCCUAAUAGAAGUUGAUAAAUAUCGCAAAUUAUGGAAAUGGCCUAAGAAUUCCAAGUAGAUUGCCAAAAUUAGAUGCAAAGAGCGAUGUUCCAAAAUAAAAGCAUAGUUCCAAUGGUCCUCAAAUGAGAAGUCCAAAAUAAUUAGAUGAAGAGGCUCCAAUGCCUCAUUAUUCUUCAGUAACACCUGAAAGGAGACAAUAAUUUAGUCCUGAAAGAUAGGUCUUAAACAAAAGAAGAUUGAUGGCAAAAACAUGGUAAGGCGGAUUAUUUGCUUCAAAGACUAAAGCUGGUUGUCUUCCUAAUAAGACAUUAAAGACAAAUUAAGAUGCUGCCAUCCUAUUUCCCAAUAAUUUAGAACAUUACAAUUGUUCUCUAAUUGCAGUGUGUGAUGGACAUGGAACAAAUGGACAUUUAGUAUCAAACUUAAUUAAACAAUAACUACCAAAAUACUUGGAACAAUAAUUUCAAACCUAAGGAAGAGAUAUAGAAAAAUGUUUAACUGUAGCUUUUGAGAAAACCAAUAAAGAGAUAAUUGAAAGUGAAUUCGACACGACCUUAUCUGGAUCAACAGCAGUCUCAGUCCUAAUAAGAAAAGAGCAAUUGUGGACAGCCAAUGUUGGUGACAGUAGAGCCAUAAUAUGUAGAAAUUAAGAUGGCUGGAAAGCAAUCUAAUUGACUAGAGAUCAUAAACCAUCUGAUGAAUAAGAGAAGUAAAGAAUUAUUGAAGCAGGAGGUAGAAUUGAUAGUUAAAGAGAUUUUUAUGGUAAUUAACUAGGACCAGAAAGAGUUUGGCUACAAUACAUAGAUGCUCCUGGAUUAGCCAUGACAAGAAGUAUGGGUGAUAAAUUAGGAGCAUAAGCUGGCGUUAUUAGUGUUCCUGAAAUACUUGAAUAUACUAUCACUCCUUAAGAUCAAUUUAUAAUAGUAGCCUCCGAUGGUGUUUGGGAAUACCUUACGAAUGAAGAAGUGAUGAAUGUUGUAGCUCCAUAUAUUGAAAAAGAUAACAUAGAUUUGGCUGCUGACAAACUAAUGGCUGAAGCUAUAAAUGCCUGGAAAAAACAUAGCUUAGCCAGAGAUGAUAUAACUUGCAUUGUUGUUUAAUUGAAAAAUUAGACCUGA